UCCAACGAGCCGGUGUCCCCGACAGCGAAGAGCGUCUCCGGAAGGAGGGGCUGCGGAGGGGCCGCCAUUUUGUGAGGCGGCCGCCGUGAGGGGCGAAUCCCUUUGUGAGGGAGGCGCUCGCCAGGGAUAACUAACCACCCCACUUUUCAUGAUAUGCUGGAAUGAUAGUCACCCACUGAAGAGCCUGGCAUUGGGAGAUUCCUGAAGCAUUUGCACUUCACGGGUAGCAAUGGAGUAUGAGAGGAGAGGUGGUCGUGGAGAUCGGACUGGUCGGUAUGGGGCUGUUGAGCAGACCCUGGAUGAGAGGUUAGAAGGCCGAAACCAGAGAGACCAUGACUACAGAGAUAUGGAUUAUAGAUCCUAUAUGAGAGAUUUCAACAGCCAGGAGCCUACCAAUGACUAUGAUGAUUCUUCUGAGGAACACAGCGUGGAGGAUUCCUAUGAGGCCUCCUCUGGAUCAGAGACACAACGUAGAAAGCGGGACAGCCCCAGUGAGCAGCUGGGAUUUCCUGCAGAUGGUGACUACCGGGACCAGGACUACCGCACCGAGCAAGAGGAAGAAGAACAGAAGGCUAGCAGCAUCGUUAUGCUGAGGAUGCUGCCCCAGUCUGCCACUGAGAAUGAUAUCCGAGCCCAGUUGCAGGCACAUGGAUUCCAGCCCCGAGAGGUGCGGCUGAUGCGGAAUAAAGCUUCAGGUCAGAGCCGGGGCUUCGCCUUCGUCGAGUUUAAUCACUUGCAGGACGCUACACGAUGGAUGGAAGCCAAUCAGCACUCCCUCACAAUCCUUGGCCAGAAGGUCUCCAUGCACUACAGUGAUCCCAAGCCCAAGAUCAAUGAGGACUGGCUAUGCAGUAAGUGUGGAGUGCAGAAUUUCAAGCGCAGAGAGAAGUGCUUCAAGUGUGGCAUUCCCAGAUCUGAAGCUGAGCAGAAGCUGCCACCUGGUAGUCGCUUGGACCAGCUGGUGGCUCUGUCAGGACGAGAACUCAGCCAGGGCCUUCUGCCCCUCCCACAACCAUACCAAGUGUCAGCAGCCCUGUCCACUCAGCCUGUGGCACAAAUGUCUGAACCUUGCGCGGAGAAUGCUAAUGACACAAUCAUCUUGCGAAACCUGAAUCCUCAUAGCACAAUGGACUCCAUUUUAAGUGCCUUGGCACCAUAUGCUGUUCUCUCCUCCUCGAACGUCCGUGUUAUCAAAGAUAAGCAGACACAACUCAACCGUGGUUUUGCAUUCAUUCAGCUCUCCACCAUUGUGGAGGCAGCUCAGUUGCUACAGAUCCUUCAGGCCCUGCAUCCACCACUGAACAUUGAUGGCAAGACGAUUAAUGUGGAAUUUGCCAAAGGUUCCAAGCGGGACAUGAGUUCAUCAGAUGGAAACCGCAUCAGUGCUGCUUCAGUAGCCAGCACUGCCAUUGCAGCUGCUCAGUGGGCCAUCUCGCAGGCAUCACAGGGUGGUGAGGCAGCCUGGGCAGCUCAAGAUGAGCAGACGGUUGAUUAUGGCUAUUACCAGCAGGAUGAAGCCUAUGGGUCUCAGGGUUUGGAAGCCACAAUGUACACACAAGCAUAUUUGAAAGGGUCCCAGCUGCAGAGCGGCACAUCAGCUGUGGGGAAGGCUGACAAGAUCCACAGCGAAGGUUCAGUGGCAGUAGCGGAGGCAUCACUGGAGCCUGGUGUGCCAGGCAUAGACCCUGUGCCUGUCCUACCCACUUUCCCCCGUACCAGCCAGACCUCAGCUGUGCCAGUCACAUACCAGCCAACUGGCAGCACUGAAGGGUCAAGUUCUGCCCAGGGAAAUGCUGCUGCUGCUCCGUCUCAGUCAUAUACUAUCGUCUCACCAGCUGUACUGAAGCCUGACAUGCCUAGUACUGCUCAGCACCCCAGCGCAACUCCAGGCAUCUCCACCAGCACUUCUAGUUUGCCUGUUACUAGCUCUGUAGGGCAAGAGCCUUACACUCAGUACCCUGUCCCAGAUGUAUCCACCUAUCAAUAUGAUGAAAGUUCUGGCUACUAUUAUGACCCCCUGACUGGCCUCUACUAUGACCCUAAUUCCCAGUACUACUACAAUGCCCAGACGCAGCAGUACCUGUAUUGGGAAGGUGAGAGACGCACUUACGUCCCAGCCUCAGACCAAGCUUCUGACAGCCACAAGGAUGGCAGUGGACCAGGGGGUGGCAGUGGCAAGGAGGGUAAAGAGAAGAAGGAGAAACAUAAAACAAAAACAGCUCAGCAGAUUGCAAAGGAUAUGGAGCGCUGGGCCCGUAGCCUCAACAAGCAGAAGGAGAACUUCAAGAACAGCUUCCAGCCAGUUUCCUCUAUACGAGAGGAUGAGAGGCGGGAAUCGGCCACAGCUGAUGCUGGUUAUGCUAUCCUCGAGAAAAAGGGGGCUUUGGCUGAGAGGCAGCACAGUGGCAUGGACCUGUCCAAGCUGGCUGGUGAUGAUAGACUGAGUCCUCCACGAGGUUUAGUGGCUGCUUACAGCGGGGAGAGUGACAGUGAGGAGGAGCAGGAGAAGGCUGCUGACCGGGAAGAGAAACUGACAGAUUGGCACAAGCUGGCUUGCUUGCUUUGUCGGAGGCAGUUUCCCAGCAAGGAGGCGCUUAUUCGUCACCAGCAGCUCUCAGGAUUACACAAGCAAAAUCUGGAGAUUCAUCGUAGGGCACACUUGUCAGAACAGGAGCUUGAGGCACUUGAGAAAAACGACAUUGAGCAGAUGAAAUACCGAGAUCGUGCAGCUGAACGAAGGGAAAAGUAUGGUGUUCCUGAGCCACCAGAACCCAAGAAAAGGAAGUAUUCAGCUGUGACACCAGCCACUGUGGAUUUUGAACAACCAACCCGGGAUGGACUUGGCAGUGACAACAUUGGCAGUCGCAUGCUACAAGCCAUGGGCUGGAAAGAGGGCAGUGGUUUGGGUCGCAAGAAACAGGGGAUCAUUGCCCCUAUUGAGGCCCAAACACGAGUGCGUGGCUCUGGCUUAGGGGCCCGAGGUAGCUCUUACGGGGCGGUAGCAUCGGAGUCCUAUCGUGAAGCAUUGCACAAGACGAUGCUGACUCGUUUCAAUGAGUCAGAAUGAGCUCUUCAAGGAGCACCCACCUGUACAGUAUUUUGCUGCUGACUGUCUCCCUUCACCCGUCCCUCACUUUCACAAAAUGUUCCUUUUGGUUGACUUUUUUUUUAAUUAAAUGUUGAAAAGG